AGCUCGCUAUCUAGCCCAGGAGACAGCAAACUUUGUACAUCUCUGACCUGAAUUGUUAGAUAACCCUUGCUAUUCUUGACCGCAAUGCGUCCCAAAAGCAGGAACGAUUUUGCGGUCGCGAUCAUCUGUGCCCUUCCUCUCGAGGCUGACGCCGUCGAAGCCGUUUUCGAUGAAACUUACGACCGGUUGGGAAAAUACUAUAGCAAACAAGAAGGCGACGCAAAUUCAUACAUUAAUGGAAGAAUUGGCGGGCAUAAUGUGGUCCUGUGCUACAUGCCAGGAAUGGGAAAAGGAAGUGCAGCAAGUGUUGCCUCAAGCUUACGGGUCAGCUACGCUGGGAUCCGGCUUGCUCUAGUUGUUGGUAUCUGCGGAGGGGCUCCGUCACCAUCCGCUAAUCAUGAGAUAUUCCUAGGUGAUGUUGUCAUCAGUGAUAGCGUGAUUGAAUAUGACUUUGGCCGAAAAUACCCUGGUGGUUUUCAACGAAAGACUGGCGUCAAGGACAUGCUCGGCAGGCCAGAUCGAGAAAUCCGGACUCUGCUUAAUGGCCUGAGGGCCGAGAAAACCUGCAGCGAACUUGAAAACCGGAUACUCGAGUAUCUUCACAUGAUUCAGCGAGCAGGGAAGCAGUGGUGCCAUCCACAGCUCAACGAUGUUCUUUUCAAGGCUUGCUACCUUCACAAGCAUUACGAGCGCGCUUCUCCUAUCAGAUGCUGCUGUUCGGAGAGUGAGUUGCCGCAUAAUAUUUGUGAAGACGCAUUGAGGGAUAAUUGCGAUGAUCUUGGAUGUGACAAGAAUCAAGUGAUUCGUUGUAGAAAAGCCCUGGAAGCAGUCAAAGUCUCUGCACAUAUCGGAACAGUUGCCUCCGCUGAUACAGUGAUGAAAUCGGGACAACAGCGUGACGCUAUUAUCAGAGAGGAAAAUGUCAUUGGCUUUGAGAUGGAGGGGGCAGGAGUGUGGGAUAAUGUUCCGUGUAUUAUUGUCAAGGGUGUGUGCGACUAUGCGGACAGUCAUAAAGCCAAAGCAUGGCAAGCAUAUGCGGCAGCAACUGGAGCCUGUGGUGCCAAAGCCUUCCUAGAGUACUGGACGCCUUCUCAAAAAGAAGGUCACGAAAAACGUCACUUGAUGAUCCCUUUCCCGAAGAAUCCACGCUUUGUGGGUCGCCAGCAUGAAAUUCACAGAUUAGAGGAAUUAAUGUCUAGGGGAUCGAGGAAACUUGCCAUUACUGGCUUGGGAGGAGUUGGGAAGACCCAGGUAGCUCUAGAGUUGGCUUACCGCAUGAAAGAAAAAGAUGCCGAGUGUUCCAUCUUCUGGAUUCCAUGCACAAGCUACGAGGCUGUUGAGCAGGCCUGCAUGACCAUUGCACAGAUGGUGGGAAUCCAGGAUGUAAAGCCAGCGGAAGUGAAGGAGUCCAUCAAAGCUUACUUUACCCAAAAACAUGGAAAGUGGCUACUAGUCUUCGACAACGCAGAUGAUAUGGAUAUGUGGACCAAGGGAAGCAGUACUGUUCCAGCAUUGAAGGAUUUUCUUCCUUAUAAUGACCAAGGUCAUAUCAUCUUUACCUCUCGCAAUCGAAAGUUGGCCGUCAAACUAGCAUCUGCUGAUGUCGUACACGUCCCUGAACUCGACAAGGAGACCGGGUUGGAGUUUCUAGAAAAAUCUCUGAUCCAACAAAUCCUGAUCACCAAUGCUGAUACAAGAAUUGCUCUUCUUGAACAACUUACUUUCCUUCCAUUGGCUAUUACGCAAGCUGCUGCAUAUAUUAAUGAAAACGGUAUUGGGGUAUCCGAUUACUUGCUUCUUCUAGAGGAACAGGAGGCAGAUAUUGUGGAGCUGCUGAGCGAGGAUUUCGGUGAUGAUGGACGUUACAAGGAUGUCCAGAACCCAGUAGCCAUGACAUGGCUAAUAUCAUUUAGUCAGAUUCAGAAGACAGACCAACUUGCUGCUGACUAUCUAUCACUCAUGGCUUGUGUUAAUCCACGCAAUAUUCCGCAAUCCCUCUUUCCGCAGCCAAUAUCUAAAAAAAGGAUGGUUGACGCUCUCGGGGUUCUUAAUGCCUAUUCCUUUAUUGAUAUCCAACCUGGGAAUGGCUUUCUAACCCUCCAUCGUCUGGUACAUCUGGCAACUCGAAACUGGAUCAGGAAGGAGCAACAAUUUUCGAUUUGUAUAAUAAAAGCGGCAGAUCGGUUCAAGGAGGUAUUUCCAGAUGACGAUCCUACAAAUCGACAGUUGUGGAGGGAAUAUUUACCUCACGCCCUUUUCUUAUUGGGUGAAAGUGAAUUCAAAGUACAACAGGAGCAGUAUAUCAAUUUUCUCUGGAAGGUGGGGCGGUGCUUGGAUAGUGAUGGAAGGUACAAUGAAGCAGAAAUGCUAUUCAAGGAUGUUGUGAUGCUAAGACAACAAGGAUAUGGAGAUACACACGUAUAUACUCUAGCUAGCAUAGCCGACCUCGCAUCAACAUACUGGAAUCAAGGACGGUGGAAGGAAGCAGAAGAGCUAGAGAUACAGGUGAUGGAGACCAGGAAGCAAGUACAAGGACCAGAGCAUCCUGACACUCUAACCAGCAUAGCCAACCUCGCAUCAACAUACCGGAAUCAAGGACAAUGGAAGAAAGCAGAAAAACUGGAGAUGCAGGUAAUAGAGACUAGGAAGCAAGUACUAGAGCCAGAGCAUCCUAAAAUUCUGAACAGCAUGGAGAAUCUGGCAUCAACAUACUGGAAUCAAGGACGAUGGAAGGAAGCAGAAGAGCUGGAUGUACAGGUAAUGAAGAUCAGGAAGCAAAGAUUAGGGCCAGAGCAUCCCAACACUCUAACCAGUAUGGCCAACCUUGCAUCCAUAUAUGGAAAUCAAGGACGAUGGAAGGAAGCAGAAGAGCUGGAAGUACAAGUGAUGGAGACUAGGAAGCAAAUACUAGGGCCAGAACAUCCCAAUACUCUGAUCAGCAUGGCCAACCUCGCAUCAACAUACUGGAACCAAGGACGAUGGAAGGAAGCAGAAGAGCUGCAGACAACAGAAUUAAAGCUAUGUUCAAAGACACUAGGGCCAGAGCAUCCCGACACUCUGACCAGCAUAGCUAACCUCGCAUUAAUAUACGGAAAUCAAGGACGAUGGAAGGAAGCAGAAGAGCUGGAGGUGCAGAUGAUGGAGACUAGGAAGCAAAUACUAGGGCCAGAGCAUCCCAAUACUCUGACUAGCAUAGCUAACCUUGCAUCAACAUACUGGAAUCAAGGACGAUUGAAGGAAGCAGAAGAGCUAGAGAUACAAGUAAUAAAAACUAGAAAGCAAGUACUAGGGCCAGAGCAUCCCUCUACUCUAACCAGUAUGGCCAACCUUGCAUCAACAUAUGGAAAUCAAGGACGAUGGAAGGAAGCAGAAGAGCUGGAAGUACAGGUGAUGGAGACUAGGAAGCAAAUACUAGGGCCAGAGCAUCCCAAUACUCUGAUCAGCAUGGCGAACCUGGCAUCAACAUACUGGAAUCAAGGACGAUGGAAAGAAGCAGAAGAGCUAGAGAUACAAGUAAUGGAGACCAGGAAGCAAGUACUAGGACCAGAGCAUCCCGACACUCUGACCAGCAUGGCGAACCUGGCAUAUACUUUGGAAUCUCAAGGGAAGCUCGCAGAUGCCAUUGUUCUAAUGCAAAAUUGUUAUGAGCUGCGCAACAAAGUAUUAGGACCUGAUCACCCGGAUGCCAGAUCUUCCUCUGACGACCUCAAAAAAUGGGAGGAUUAGCAUAUUUCAAAUCAAACACCCCCUCCAGCACCCUCUCCAAUAGAACAUUCGCAGCAUGUACCGGAAGUUUCGAGGGACAUACAGAAGCUGUGGUGAUUUCUCAGCCGUCCCUUCAGGAGCACGACAAGCCACUCCAUGCUCAGAGACAAUCAGCUGCACAUCUAUUCACUAGGAAUCACCCUCUUCUCACACUUUCCAGAUCAAUUUCACCAGCACCGGGAC